AUGUCGUCCCGCCCCGCCCGCCCUCAACCCAUCCCUGCCGUUGCAGGCGGUCGCCCCCGUCGGCGGUCGCCCUCCGCCGCCCGCAGCACCUACGCCGGCUUCCCCGAUGCGGCCUCCGGCCACACCAGCAGUCGCGCCGCGACCCCAGCGUACCCCGUCCCGCCCACCGAGUGGCCCUCCUCGCGCGGCCAGCACCCGCGCCCCGGGAGCGCCGCCAGCGGCUCGAGCGGCUCGGACCUGCUCUUCCCCAUGGACUCGGAGCGCGGCUCGAGCGGGAGCGCGAGCUCGUCCCGCCGCGGCUCCUUCGGGCCCGCCCCGCAAUACCUGUACGACCUCCCGACGCCGUCGCCGUACGGGCCCGACCCCGACCAGCGCAACAUUGCGGCGCUCCCCGUCUGCACCCUCUGCCGCCGCCAAUACUAUCCGGGGUCGCCGACGUCGCCCAGCCGCGGCAGGUCUCCCCGGGACGUCACCGCGCUCUGCCCCGUGUGCCAGCGCGAGGAGUGGGAGCACCAGCGGCGCGCGACGCACCGCUCGCCCACGAGCGACGCGAGCUUCAGCCCCGCCAGCGACCGCACCCGCGGCGCGCGUUCCGCCACCUACCGGGAUCGGCACGCGUUCCCCGAGCCUCCGUCUGGCGCCUCGUCUAGCCACCCCCGGCCGCCCGCGCCGCCAACUCUGUCGUCCAGUACGUCCGCCUCUGCCCGUCCUCUGCCCGCGCACGGUCCCCCGCUGCACCGGCCUGACGCACGCCCCGACGCAGGACCGGCCACGCACGCCAAUCUCGGGCGGCCGUUCCCCGCGUACCGCGCGCCGUCGUCGCCCACCGCGCCCCGCCGCGCGCCGUCCGGCCAGACGCGCUCCGCCGCGCCGUGGACGGACCCGUACACGCUCCCGCCCGCGGAGCUCGUCGUGGGCCCGUACCAGCCCGCGCCGCGCCUCCCGCAGCUCAUCGCCCAGGUCCGGCGCCCCGCGGAGCCCUCCAGCCACGUCUCGCGCCCCCGGACCGCGGACCCGUUCGGGGCGACCGCGACGUCGAUGCCCGCCCGCUCGCACCACCGCCGGGGGCAGUGA